AGCGCCGUGCGGGUGGCGUUGCGCAUCGUAGUCUCAGCCCUUGUCCUAGAUCCGUGCUGCUCCGUAAAUUGGGAAGCAAGCUUCCGAAAUCGGGAGUGAUUACCAGAGAGGAUCAAAGGAUCGAGGCCCGCCGUCAGCCAGACCCCGCAGGCGUGCGCGCGCGUCCCCGACCAAAUUUGGCGCGGCCACGCGUUCUGGUCCUUCCCGCGGUCCGUAGCGCGGCCGCGCAAGCGCAAAAGGCUCGGCGGACCGGUCGCUAUGGAACCAGACGGGACCUACGAGCCUGGUUUCGUGGGUAUUCGAUUCUGCCAGGAAUGUAAUAACAUGCUGUACCCCAAGGAGGACAAGGAGAACCGCAUCCUGCUGUACGCGUGCCGGAAUUGCGAUUACCAGCAGGAAGCCGACAACAGCUGCAUAUACGUCAACAAAAUCACGCACGAAGUGGACGAGCUGACCCAGAUCAUCGCAGACGUGUCGCAGGACCCCACGUUGCCGCGGACGGAGGACCACCCUUGCCAGAAGUGUGGCCACAAGGAGGCAGUGUUCUUCCAGUCACACAGUGCCCGAGCCGAGGAUGCCAUGCGCCUGUACUAUGUAUGCACUGCCCCACACUGCGGCCACCGCUGGACUGAGUGACCUUUCCUUCCCCCGCCCAUAAUAAAUGCCAGUUUCUAUA